AUGGACGAAGUACUUUCCUGGACAUCCUCCGACCCUCGCGACUCUGUUCUCUUCAAUCAAAACUUUGCCGUCAAUUAUCGUUUCAUCACCGAAGUCGACAAUCGCAACGUCACUACAACUACACUCUGGCGUGCCGUCAGACAGUCUCGUGAAGACCGGCUUGCCAGAUUUGAGUGGACGCCGAGUGGGUCGCUCGGACGGGCGACGAUUGGGAGGACGACAAUGGCUGUUUCCGAACUCUUGCGCCCAGUAAACGGUGACAUCCACUCUUCGACACGAUCGUUCAACGGUCCUGACGGGCGCCUCUAUUACUGGGCGUCUUCGCCAACUGGAGAAUGUACCCUCUUCGACUCGAACCAAAAUAAAGUCGCCUUCUUCCGCCCGAUACGCCCGACACGCUACCCGGUUGGAGAUGUGUACGGCGAGCUACAUUUUUGCUCCGCACAGAGCACUGGCACCCUGUUACAUCCUCCGCUGAUGGACAUGAUCUGUAUGACGGCUAUGGCCUAUCGGGUGCUCGUUCAGUGGGGCUGGUAA